UUAGCGAUGAAUAGACCGAGAACGAGAAAAAAAAAUAAUUAUAAAUGAAACCGAAAGUAAAAAAAACUUUUAACACGCGGUUUUUUCUGUCGGAGUCCAUCCAUCUCAGUGUCGUAAUUAUGUUUAAAAAAUUUAUCGCUAAAGAUGAGAUAUCCGGGACAACUCAAAUUAAAUCUUCAGUUCAGCGUGGAAUACGGGCAAAGAUUCUUGAACAAUUUCCUGCUAUAGAGCCUUAUAUUGAUGCAAUUUUACCAAAAAAAGAAUGCAUGGUAUUAGUAAAAUGUAAAGAGCAUAUAGAACUCUUGUCUGUAAAAAAUAAUUUGGUAUUUUUUCGACAGCGUGAUGGUCCUUGGAUGCCUACACUAAGGCUGCUACACCAAUAUCCAUUUCUUUUACCUCAUGAACAGGUAGAUAAAGGAGCUAUUCGUUUUGUAUUAAGUGGAGCUAAUAUAAUGUGCCCAGGUCUGACAUCACCUGGAGCUAAAAUGACUCCUGUAGAAAAAGAUUCUGUUGUUGCUAUAAUGGCCGAAGGUAAAGAUCACGCUGUCAGUAUAGGAUUAACAAAAAUGAGCACACAGGAAAUAGCAGAGAAAAAUAAAGGAAUCGGAGUCGAUAAUAUCCACUAUUUAAACGAUGGUUUGUGGGUGAUGAAGCAAUUGGAUAGAUAGCUUUUGUUAAUUUUUAAGCAAAAAGAAAAAUGAUACAAUA